GCUUUGCUUGCUGGGAGGGGGAGGGGGAGGGGGAAGGGCUCAAGAUGGCCGCGCCCGCGGUUCAGAGCGAAGCAGAGAAAAUACACGUAAACUCCAGAGAGAGUGAGGAUGAAGAGGAAGCGGCCCCACAAGAAGAGGAUGAUUCGGACACAGAGGAACCUAAGGAGCCCAGGAUAAGAGAGACUCCAGAAGACCUGAUUUUCGAGGCCACUGUCAAUACCGUCGCUUUCCACCCCAACCGGGAUCUGAUUGCAGCGGGGGAUCUGGAUGGAGAUGUAUACGUUGUCUCCUAUUCGUGUGUGGAGGGCGGAAACCAGGAGUUGUGGUCCUCGGGGCAUCAUCUGAAAUCCUGUCGGAAGCUAGAUUUUUCCAGCGAUGGGCAGCAACUUUUCACCGUUUCCAAGGACAAGUCUAUUCACAUUCACAAUGUUGAAGGGGGCAAAUUGGUAACGAGGAUUCCAAAAGCUCACAGUGCUGCGAUUAACAGCCUGCUGCUGAUCGAUGAGAACAUGUUUGCCACGGGGGAUGAUGUGGGGAUGCUGAAGGUGUGGGACCUGCGCAGGGGCAGCUCCUUCAUGGAAAUGAAGAACCACCACGACUACAUCACCGACAUCACCAUCGACUCCGACAAAAAAAUCCUGGUCACAACGAGUGGUGAUGGCACGAUGUGCGCCUUUAAUAUUAAACAGCGACGUUUUAUCGUGCAGUCAGAAUGUCAGGAAGCCGAUCUCACGUCGGUGGCUCUGAUGAAGUACGGCACCAAGGUGGCCUGCAGCUCGAAUCAGGGGCUGAUCUACCUCUUCAACUGGGACGGAUUUGGAGCCACCAGCGAUCGGUUCGCGAUGCGCGGAGAAUCCAUCGACUGUAUCAUCCCCAUCACUGAAAACAUCCUGUGUGCGGCUUGCAUGGAUGGAGUUAUCAGGGCUGUGAAUAUCCUUCCGAAUCGGGUGAUCGGCAGUGUAGGCCAGCACCCCGGCGAGUCCAUUGAGCAGAUCGCAAAGUCCCACGAGGAGAACUUCCUGGCCAGCUGUGCCCACGACCAGAAGGUGAAAUUCUGGGACAUCUCAGACCUGCACGACAUGGUGGUCAGCGACUACAGGAAACGCAAGAAGCGAGGGCAGCUGAAGUCACUCAGCAAGAAAGCUUUCGGCAGCGGCCAGGACUUCUUCUCUGAUCUUGUGGAAAAGGAGGCGGAGGUGGACAAGGCAGAGCCGGAGGAAGCAAAGAGCGACAGCGACAGCGACUGACGCAAAGAGAACAGCAGGGACACUAUCGAGAGCAAGAGACACCCUUCAGCCCCACUCACUCUCCACCUUAAUUUCCCCACUGCCCUGAAAUCUUCCUUUUGUCCCAGUUCAACUAUGUUGCAUGUGUGUGGUGGGGAGGUGGGGGGGCAAGAGGCUGUAAUUCUUUUCGGUUACCGGGUGUCUGACACCUGCGGGAACGCACGACAGUGCUUAAAAGAGUAUCCAAAUCACUCAGCAUUGAGGCACGCGUGCUGUCUGUACGUGGGAAUUUCCCUGCGUCUGGAAUGGAAUGCUAACUCACUCUCUCCCCUGGAGGGGACGCCCCCUGCUUACCUGAUUCCGAAGAGAGUCAGCAGCUUCGACUUCACAUCUUUCCCCCCCUUUUACUGGGCUUUAAACAUUGGUUUCCAGAAUCUAUAUAAAGAUGUUACAAACGCAUUUUGAGCCUUGCUCGCUCCCGGCCGUGACAAGGGCUGGUUCCACGUCAGCAUCGCCUCUAGAUCUUUAGGGUACAAUUUAACGGGGGCCAUUUGCUGCUGUUAGUGCAACAACUGGGCUGUACCAGGCAGAUUGCUGCCGUGUAAGAGUGACCUCGGGGCACAGGAGGCCCCUCUGGUCGUCUGCAAAGGGUCGUUCAUUCCUGCACGAGUGGAGAGACUCACACAACUGGGACCCUUGGACCCACAAGGUUUGACAAGUCAAUGAACCGAAUUGCAGCAAUACCUACUCUCUGCACCAGGUGACACUGAGGGUUAGGUAUUAAAAGGAAGCGAGUAAAACUGAAUGGAGUUUCUAAUCCAGUUUAUACAAGAGAUCCAUUAAAGCUUGUCAAUCUCCUGGAA